AUGACAAGUCAGUGUUUCUACCGGGGUGUUGAUGCUAUGGAUGUAUUCUUUGAUAAACUCAAAAAUGAGGAGAAGAAAAUCCAAUCAGCACUCAAUAAUCCAGCACCGAUGGAUCUCACUAAGGAACAAGAAGAAUUGUUCAGAGAGACAGAAGACUGUUGGAUUUGUAAAAAGAAACUUGGUGAGGACAGAGUCCGUGAUCACGACCACAUCACUGGUGAUUUCCGCGGUGCCGCACACAACGACUGUAACAUCAAACUCAGAAUUUAUCCAUACAAGCAGCACAUCCCUGUGGUUUUUCACAACCUGAAGGGCUAUGACAGUCAUCAUCUCAUUGGAGCAAUCGGAAAGACAGAUGUUGAGACCGUCACAUACACAAACAAGAAUGGUGUACGUAAGAGUAAAACUGUGGGUGAGAUAUCAGUCAUUCCCAACAACAUGGAGAAAUUCAUCUCAUUCACAUGGAGACAGUUCCGGUUCAUCGACAGCUGCCAGUUUCUCAAUGCGUCACUCAAUAGACUGGUGAAAACGACACCAGAUGAGCCAUUCACUUUCACCAAGACGUUGCCAAACCAUCAGCUGUUGAUGAGGAAAGGAGUAUACCCCUAUGAGUACAUGAACAGCUUCUCCAGGUUCGAUGAGACUCAGCUACCAGCACAGAGUAAGUUCUAUUCUUCACUGUCUGAUGAGGGGGUGAGUGACGAUGACUACAAACAUGCUGAGACAAUGUGGAUGAAAUUCGACUGUCAGACUCUUGGUGAUUAUCACGACUUGUAUCUCAAGACUGACGUGUUUCUCUUGGCUGACAUCUUCGAGAAUUUCAGAGUACAAGCUGUCAGAACGUAUCAGCUGGAUCCAGCAAAUUACUACACUUUGCCUGGAUUUGCCUGGGAUGCUCUGUUAAUGUACUCAGGUGUGUCCUUGGAAUUACUAACAGACUAUGAUCAGCACUUGUUUGUAGAAUCAGGAAUGAGAGGUGGUGUGUCGAUGGUCUCACAACGAUAUGCUGCUGCUAAUAAUCACUAUCAGGAGAAAUUUGAUGUUGAUCAGCCAUCGUCAUUUAUCCAGUAUCUCGAUGCCAACAAUCUCUAUGGUUGGGCAAUGUCACAGCAUCUCCCAGUGUCUGAUUUUCGGUGGGAGAAACCAUCAGAGAAACUCCUGAACAAUAUACUGAAUACUCAAGAUGAUUCCUCAUCGGGGUAUAUCGUCGAGUGUGAUCUGGAUUAUCCACACGAACUUCAUGAGGAGCACAACGAUUAUCCAGUUGCUCCGGAACGUCUUUCCGUCAAUGAGGACAUGCUAUCUCCAUACCAGCAAGAGCUUGUUGAUAAACUCAAUUCUUCAGGAGUAGAUGCUCUCAAACUUGUACCAAACUUGAGGGACAAGACAAAGUACGUUCUCCAUUACCGAAACUUGAAACUCUACACUCAGCUCGGACUACGUUGUGUCAAAAUUCAUCGUGCUCUGAAAUUUACUCAGACACCGUGGCUGAGAAACUACAUCGAGAAGAAUACAGACCUCCGGAAGAAGGCACAGGAUGAUUUCUCUAAGGACUUCUAUAAACUGAUGAACAAUGCGGUGUUUGGGAAAACUAUGGAGAACGUUCGGAGGAGAGUCAACAUAAAAUUGUUGAGAAGUCGUGAGGAGAAGAAAAUCAAACAGCUUGUUGCCAAACCAACGUACAACCGCCAUGUGAUCUUCAACGAUGACCUGGUCGGGGUACAAAGUAACAGGACAAAGGUCGUCCUCAAUAAGCCCAUAUAUGUUGGGAUGUCGAUUUUGGAUCUCUCAAAGACACUCAUGUAUGACUUUUACUACAAUCACCUGAAAGCGAUGUAUGGCUCUGAUGUGAGACUCUUGUACACCGAUACAGACAGCUUGGUUCUUCAUUUCUUUACUGAUGAUCUGUUUGAUGACAUGAGUGAGUUUCUUGAGAAGUAUGAUACAAGCAAUUAUGAUCAAUCACAUCCGUUAUAUUCCGAGAAAAACAAGAAAGUUGUUGGCCUGUUCAAAGAUGAACUCGGUGGGAAACUGAUAACUGAGUUUGUAGGACUUCGCUCCAAGAUGUACAGUUACUCUGGUGAGGAAAGUGGAAAAAGAGCAAAGGGGGUGAAAACAGCAGUGCUCAAGAAAACUAUCACACAUGAUGAUUUUCGAAAUUGUCUCUUGGAUCAAUCCGUGUUCCAUCGAGAAAUGACAACACUCCCGGAGUCAUAG